AUGGAUCAACCAAUAUUGAAUUUUGAAUCGGAAGAGGAGAGGAGGCAAUAUCAAAGAGCACAAAGAAGAGAGUAUCAGAGAGAAUAUCAAAGAGAAUAUAGGAGACGACAACGGGAACGUUUGACAGAUGAUCAAAGGGAAGAAGAAAGAAGAAGACAAAGUGAAGCUCGAAGACAAAGAAAUGCUAGACGAGCAGAAAAUGAAAGCUCAAGGUCAAUAGAACGAGUUGCAGAGACACCUCGACCUAGAAGUCAAUUUGAGAAUAAUUUGGGUGCAGAAGGUGAUGCACAAAAUAGACAAAAUACAAAUGGAAUUAUUCGAGCUGAUUUUCAAAGAUUUCAAAUGCAAUUUCGACACCAAUUAGAUCGCUUUAGAAUGCCAAGCAUGUGUUAUAUUUGUCAAGAGUGUUAUCUAGGAAUUAAAGUAAAUCGUAGCUCACAAGGUCCUAUAUGCACUAGAUGUAGACAAGAGAGAGGAAACAAUAGAUUUUCGGCUUCAAACAAUAUGGAUCCCGGGCCACAACCAGAAGAGCUUGCAAGUUUGACUCAAGUAGAAGAAAUGUUGAUUGCACGUGUCAACCCAAUAUUACAAGUUACACAUGCAACAGGUGGUCAAUACAAAUACAAAGGACACACAAUAAGUUUUCCACAAAAUGUGGAACAUAUUUCAAACAUUUUGCCACAUACAAUAGAUCAUUUGCCAAUCAUUAUUGUUCGAAGAAGGGACCAACGUGGCACAAAUUAUAACUUUACAGUGAAUAGGGAUCGUGUGUACAGAGCACUUAAAUACAAAAUUGAGCAUGAUAAAUAUUAUUCUGAUGUCAUAGUUAAUGAGAAUGCUCUCAAUGAUCUAUCUAGCAAUUUUGAUGAAAAUAUUUUCAACAGAUUGAAGACAGUGCAUAUAGAAUUUGAUUCUGAUGCAAAUGAAAUCAUAUUUGUGGGUCCAAUCAUGGAAACAGAUGAAGGUAAUACAAUUGACCACACAAAUUCAAUGGCUUCUAAACUACCUAAUGCUCAAAAAGAAAUGGAAUUAAUACAUGCAUGGAUAAAUAAUCCUGAUACAAAUCAAACAGCAUUGAUCGAUUGGCCAGCAAUUGGUACAUCUCCUAUCAAUGAGUAUGUCACAUUGGGAUUACUUGAUAUGGCAUUUCCAACAUUGUUUCCUGAUGGUAGAUGUGACUGGUUAGAGCCACGAAUGAGGCGAGUGCAUUUGCAUGAAUUUGUGAAACAUCUACUGCGGUAUAGAGAUCAUCGAUUUGGUCAACAUCCAAGAUUCAAAUAUUUUAUGAUGAACAUGAUUAUGAGACAUCGUGCACAAAAUUCAUCUGCAGUCUUUGUAAAACGAGGUUUUCAUGACAUGCCAAUCACUAUCAAUGAAUUGCGUCAGCAUAUGGAAAAUAUGCCACAAUCCCAUUUAGCAAAUAGGUUGAUGCGGUUUGGAACAUCAUUGAGGGGUACAAGGUCAUAUUGGGCCAAAUGUUGUGCAGAAUUAACAGACAUGCUUCAUCAAAUAGGCUCCCCUACGAUAUUCUUCACAUUAAGUGUAGCAGAUAUGUAUUGGCCUGAUUUGCAUGCACUAAUGUCGGGAACAUCACCAACCACUCCACGAGAAGCUCAAAAUUGGAGAAAGCAGAAUGCAUUUCAAAAUUUUCCUCUACAUCCAUGUCUAAAAAAUACAAGACAACUUGCAGAGAUAGAUAUUGAUAAGGACUAUGAAGAGAUCCUUAACUGUGUAGAACGACAUACAUUGUGUAGGGAGGGUGCAUGCCUGCGAAAAAAAAGAGGAAGGAUGGUUUGUAGGUAUAAUGCUCCUUGGCCUUUGAAUCUGAGUGGGUCCAAAUUAUAUGAAGAUAUAGAAACAGGUGAAAAAAAAUUUGAACCUGCAAGAAAUGAUGAUAGGGUGAAUUCACAUAAUCGUCACAUAUUGCAAUUAUGGAGAGCAAAUAUAGAUUGGCAACCUGUUCUUUCCAAACAUGCAGUAGUCAAAUAUAUUGCCAAAGCAAAUAUAGAUUGGCAACCUGUUCUUUCCAAACAUGCAGUAGUCAAAUAUAUUGCCAAGUAUGCAGCGAAAGCAGAGAAAAGCUCUGAAACAUAUCACCAGAUGUUGAUGAGCCUCUCCAACAUGGAAGACCCUAAUGAUUUAGCUACUCGAGCAUAUAGAAGGCUUCUGACUGAAACAAUUAUUGAAAGGGACAUUGGUGCUCAAGAAACAUGUCACAUGUUGUUAGAACUUCCAUUAGUAGAGAGUAGUAGAAGAUUUGUUAAUCUAAAUGUCUCACAUGAGGUGUUCAAACCUGUAACUAUAAAUGAUGAAGAGAAUAAUGAAGAGCAGACAAAAUCUUUCAUUGAUGGAUAUAAAACAAGGCCUCUUUGUAUGGAAGGUGUCACAUUAAUUGAUGCAGCUAGAUCAUGGAUAUAUAAUCCUGAAAGAAAACGAGACAACAAAUGGGAACCAAGGGAAAGAGCAGCAAUUGUUAGAGUUUUUCCUAGGUUUGUAUCUCUUCCUCCACGUGAGUCAAAUAAAUGGAUUGACUUUUGUUUAUCAGAGUUAUUACUCUACAAACCAUUUCGUGACAUAGAAAGGGAUAUUGGUCAUGAUGAUGACUCUAUGAUAGCAAAUUGGGAGUCAUUUACCUACAAUCCUUGGCAUGUCGAACGAAUAACAAGUAUUGAAAAUGCAGAGGCUAAUACUGAUUCAGAAAUUGAAGAGAAUGAAGCUAUUCAGAGAAAUACCACAGAGCAUGAAUGGGAAAUUAUAUCUAGGCUACAUCAUGGUCAAAAUAUACAAUUUUUAGAAAUAGAUAUGUUGGGGAGAAGAGACAUUGAUAGACAUACAAAUUGGUCUACUGAUUAUCAAGGUGAAGAGUACACAACUACAGCAAUCAGUUUCAUAACUAACAUGAAGGAUCAUGGAUGUCUUAUAUAUGAUGAUAUACCCCAAUGCAUCAACUACAUGACCCUCAGUGAUAAGCAAAAAAAGGCAGUUGAUAUAAUUAUGACACACUAUCAGAGGAAUCAAAAUAAAGUGCCAUUGUUCAUGAUAAUUCAGGGAACAACAGGUACAGGAAAGUCAUAUUUAAUUGGUGCCAUCAGUCAAGCUCUUGAAAAUGCUGCAAUGCCAUCUCGUUCUCCCCUUCUAUUACUUGCACCAACAGGAGUUGCAGCGUUCAAUAUAGGGGCCUCUACAGUUCAUUCCAAAUUGAGAAUCCCAAUACGAGAUUUCACUCAACUACAGGGAACAAGACUUGCCAUUUUUCAAGAAGAAAUGGCGCAUAGCAAGUACAUUUUGAUUGAUGAAAUGAGCUUCAUUGGUCAAAACAUGUUGGAAAACAUAGAUUCUCGACUCCGACAAGCAUACCCACAAAGUGCACACCUAAGUUUUGCAGGUAUAUCUAUGAUUUUGGUAGGAGAUUUGGGUCAAUUGCCUCCGGUUAAUGAUAGACCUGCAUAUGCCAGUAAUAGACGGGCAAAGCUACUAUGGGAGGAAUUCAAAAUUGUGGUUACUUUAGAUAAAAUAUUCAGACAAGAUGGAGAAAAUAUUCAGCAACAAAGAUUUCGUCAACUUUUGACAAAUCUAAGAGAUGCAAACCCACAAAUUGAUGAUUGGAAGCUACUAAUGAUGAGAACCCCUACUAACAUAGAUGUUGCAAGUAAUUCUGAAUUUGAAAAUACUGUCCAUUUGUUCUCCACAAAUGACAAUGUUCAUAGUCAUAAUAAAAAAAUGUUAUAUUCAUUGAGGCAUCCCGUUGCACGAAGUGUUGCAACAAAAGCAGGAAGUGUUAAUAUAGCAGAAGAUUUCUCAACUGGUGAACUUGAUCUAGAGUUAUUGAUCAGUAAGAAUUCAAGGGUCAUGCUAACUUCAAACCUUUGGAUACAAGCAGGUCUUGUAAAUGGAGCUUUGGGAUAUGUUCAAAAGAUUGUCUACAAGCCAGGAAGUGCUCCACCUGACCCACCGACAUAUGUGAUGGUUGAAUUUGAUAAUUACUCAAGAUUACCAUUUGAAUAUCAUCAUCCAAAUACAAUUCCAAUAACAACAAUACAAAAGGGUAGAACACUUCAGCUACCAUUGAGAUUGGCAUGGGCAUUGACUAUACAUAAAUCUCAAGGAUUGACUCUUCCAAAAGUAACUAUCGAUAUAGGACCAAGAGAAAGAACUGGAUUGACAUUUGUUGCAGUAUCUCGUGUAAAAUCUCUAGAGGGUUUGAGAAUAAUGCCACCAUUUACAUAUGAUCGUUAUGAGAAAAUGAAAAAGGGUAGACAACUUGCGAAGCGCAAGGCUGAGGAAAAUAGGCUCAAACUUUUGGAAGAUAAUUGA